AUGAAGGCCCUGUCCUUCGCGGUCCUCGUGGUGCUCUACCUGAGCUUAAACUCCUCCCUGAACCUGCUCAACAAAUGGUCGCUGGGAGUGUAUGGCUUCCGCUUCCCAUUCUUGCUCACAUCAUGCCACAUGGCGUUUAGCUUCUGCGUGCUUGCCCCCAUGGCGUUGCGGGAGCCAUGGGAGCAUCACCGUGCCACACUACGGAAGCAGUGGAAGGGCGUGGUGUACAUUGGCGCCUUCAUGGCUCUCAAUAUUGCGCUCAACAACAUCUCGCUGCUGGAUAUCUCGCUCACCCUCAAUCAAAUCAUUAGGUCUGCCAUCCCGGUGGUGACUUGCGUGCUGGCCAUCGUGGUGGAGUCGCGCUACCCCACGGGCCAGGAGCUGUGGGCGCUCAUCACGCUGACGUCGGGCGUCAUGCUGGCGGUGUGGCAGGGCACUGUGAGCGGCAAGCCAUAUGCCAUUGUCUUCUGCCUGGUCGGCACCGUGUGCAAUGGCGCCAUGAUGACCUUUUCGGGAAAGCUUCUCUCCGAGAAGCUGGACGUGGUGCGGCUGACGUUUUACACCGCGCCAGUUAGCCUGGUGUGCUUGGCGCCCUUCUACUGGAUGUACGAGCGCGACAAAUUCUUGGUCUACCUUCCCACACACUACGAAGGCACCGGCUUCAUCAUCCUGGUCUCCUCGGUCAACGCCGUGUGCUACAACAUGGUUCACAGCUUGAUGAUCAAGAAGACCAGUGCGGUGACCACCACGGUGUUGGGGGAGGUCAAGAUUGUGGGACUGCUGGUGCUGUCGGCCAUGCUGCUGGGCGAGGGCAAGGAAUUCACAGUAAAAAUGACGAUCGGCUGCGUGCUGGCCAUGACUGGGUUUGCGCUGUACAGCCACACCAAAAUAGCAAAGUUCAGAGAAAACUUGCAGCCUCGGGUCAUUAGCCUGGCAGCCACAGGCGGCAGUGCGGCGGAGCUGCAGCCUCUGAAGGGCGAUGCUGGUGUGCUGCAUCGCGUGGCCUCAAACAGCUCGGCAGACAAGGCCUGA